AUGCCUCGUCCCCUUUUACCCGGUCCAGCCCGUGAAAGAUCCCAAUCUCCAGGCCAAAAGUGCCAUUACCGAGCGCCCCUCGAACAGCAGGGAGCGUAUCAGGAACUAUUCCACAUUCUGGCGACAAAGUCGAGGGACGAAGGACAAGAUAUUCUGAGAAGGAUACAGAGCGGCCAAGAUGUCGAGUCCAUACUUGGCCACAUUCAACGUGCAGACGUUCUGAAACAGGCACACGUAGUGCCGGAUCACUAUUACCAGUAUGAGUUUCCUUAUCGCAAGGACAUGCCUAGCUUCCUGAUUCAAGAGGGAAAUCAGUACCUUGACUCAUGGUUGUAUAAGUAUUCUUUGAGUGAGGCGAGUAUGCUCGAUGAUGAUGCAUCAACAACCCAAGACCCGAUAAUUUAUCAGGCUCCCUAUCAUGCUGGCGUGAUGGUAGACCCUUCUCUAGACAAGAUCAAGGCGGGAGAUUGGACGUCCAUCAUCAAGACUAACAAGUCAUUACGGAAGCUCUUACAGACGUAUUUCCUGACAGAAUACACGUUCUUUCCAGCGUUCCAAAAAGACUAUUUCCUACAAGACAUGGCAUCCGGUCGCAAGGAGUAUUGCUCCUCCCUUUUGGUCCAUGCAGUCCUCGCAUCGGCUUGUGUAGAAACUCUGGGAUACCGGUGCCUUGCAGAAGCGCGCCGUCUGUGGGAGCUCGAGAUUGGACAUGCUCAGCUUACGACUAUUCAAGCUGCAAUUGUACUUGCAAUCGUACAUGAUGCAAACGGUCGUGAUGAGGAGGGCAGGGCUUACUUAGCUCAGGCUGUUGCGGCUGCGCAUGCAAUGAAUGUCCACAGCUUUCACGUGUUCAAAGCACCGCAACUAUUGAUGCCUCCUAGCAUACCACUCCCGGAGCAAGAUGAAUGCUAUGGUGACUUCGUGCUCCGUUUUCCGGCAGCUAAAGGACCCGUAUCGCUGAACUAUGCCGAUACCUUUCGAACAAUCUCUGAGUUCCGACUUAUCAUGAAUGAUGUUGCAGCUGUAUUCUUUUCAGAUUUCAAGAAUACUCCUGACUCCACAGUGGACAGAAUCAAGGGCUUUUGUAUUCGUCUCGACAGCUGGUACCAAAAUCUCCCGCCUGAUCUCAAAACCAGAGAGAUCUCUUUUCCAUGGCAGCUCAAGCUCCAUAUGCACUACUACAACCUGAUCAUAUAUCUUCUAGAAACACUGCGUAUGACCUCUACGCCUGCACUAGUUGAUGAGAGUGUUCAGAAGGUCUUAAGUGACGCCAAGAUUAGGAUGGAAACAUUGCUACGCCUCUAUUAUUUACGGCACGGAUUUGAGUCCUAUGACAUAUUUGUUAUAAGCCUGCUAGCCUUCAUAGGCUUUAUGCAGGCAAAGACAUUGGAUAGUGCUGAGACUGCAAGCCUUGAAAGCAGACGAUCGACUGUUGCCCUCGUUGCGAAAGGCCUCCAAGAUCAAAGCCAGAAUUGUUAUUUGGCACGACUGGUGCUUCGUAUUUUGAAGAGUAGCGUUGGAAACGAGAACCAGUUUUUGCUGAAAGAGCUGGAUAAUGAAGAAGAAGACGAAGAGGCGGAGAGGGUAAUGGAAGAGCAGGUGAAGUCCUCUUGGCCUAUUGAUCUUGAGUGGAUUGAUGUUGAUCCUGAGAAGAAGAGAUUGGAUAAUCUGAUUAGGAGGACAAAAGAACUAGAGUUUGAUGAGGUCCCGCUAAUCUGCAUCACGAGUUCGUUUUCUGAUGGUGACUACCAGGCUAUCGCUGGAGCGACUGGUUCGAAGAACAAGGUCAAGCAUAUUCUUGUGCCAGACGUUGAUGCUGGCCUAGUCAUGCAAGACAUGCGGUCGACAACCACGACACCACAAAAGAUCUGGCUCAGCACUGCUAUCCGAUCUGUUGACCAUUGUGUCGAGACGUCAUGCUUUUUGCAAAGUAACGACGAUGCCGAUGCAAGGGCAGCAAAAGAUCUUGAGGCUCGCCAUCUUCGUCAGACCGGCGUCGUCGAAGCCAUGCGCGCUGUUUCUUCAGGUGUACUUCUCGGCGCAAGCCACGCGAUAGGUCAUCAGCUCGGACCCUCGAAUGUCGGUCACGGUGAGACGAGCGGCAUCCUCCUACCCACAGUCUGCAAGUUCAACACCUGCAAGAAUGUCAACAAGGAUUGGCAGAGGCGUACAGUAGAGAUUACGUUGGAGAAAGAUACAGUAAAGUCUCUGCCGGCUGACAAGAGGGCUUCGUAG